AUGGUUCGCCACAUUACGAUCGCCACAGCCCUUGCCGCUAUGACCGCCCUGGUUGGCCAAGUGGGUGCCAACCCCAUCCACCUCCCUCGCGAUGGCGAGACUUGCCUCGAGGUCACCAAGUGGACUAUGGAAUGGUACGGGGAGCCGUUCUUGCUGGGUAACGCCGACCCCGUUGGCGAAAUCGAUUCGAUCCUGGACAGUUCAUCCUGUCGAGAAAACGCCUGUGAAACCUACACGAGUGCCGCUUUCGAGCAUCCGUUUGCAAAGCCGGGGGCCGACGGCGAGGACCUCUUUAUGGCGUCGUACCGCAUUCAGAUUGGCCAAGUCACCAAGUUCAAUGGCCUGCCAAUGAAACAGGUCAUGAAAGAGGCCAUGAAUGCUGGAAUCAGGAAGGUCAGCUCAUGGGAAAACGUCCACUGGCAGACCUAUGCCAGGUCUGGAGCCGGCCCAUUCGGCGGGGAUGCCCAGAGGGCCAAGGAAGGCUGGCAGUGGCAGAUGACUCUCCCUGGAAACGCCUUCCUGCUCUCCUACGAAGACAUCAACGGCUGCUCUGCGUAUAGCAUUCGCGUCGACUUUAUCGACACCGACAGCUGCGGCGCGUGGCCUAUGACUGAUGUCCUUGCGGCCACUUUCGGUUUCUCGGGAAUCACCAUCCCCGACGGCACGGGAGACGCCUGGGACGAGAUUAAGAGGUUGCAGGAGAGCAACGCGGAAGGCAACAUCAGGAUUACGACCGACAACCUUACCCCCAAGUGUUAA